AUGAAGAACGAGAAGGAAGAAGCUUUAGUGGGAUGGAACAUUACAUGGUGGUUGUUCAAAUUAUUCGGUCUUCCAAUCACCAUUCCUUGCUUGGUGUAUCAUUUUUAUGAUAUUAUGGUACAGAAGUGGAAGAGAACAGCUCUUGGUGACAAGGUUGUGAUGAUAACUGGUGCUAGUUCCGGCUUAGGAGAAGCUUUAGCCCAUAUAUUCUAUGGCUCAGGUUGCAGAGUUAUCUUGGUAUCUCGUAGAAAAGAGGAGUUGGAGAGAGUAAAAAAAGAUUUGAUGAAUACUCAUCAAACAGUUCCAACGUAUCCACCUAUUGUUUUAUCAUUAGAUUUAACUGAUAUUAAUAACUUGAAAGAUGAAGUGUCAAAAGCUAUAAUGAUACACGGCAGAAUUGAUAUUCUAAUUAAUAAUGCUGGUGUUUCAUAUAGAGGAGAAGUUAUUGACACAAAUGUGGAUGUAGAUAUAAAAGUCAUGCUAUCGAAUUAUUUUUCUCAGGUUGCAUUAAGCAAAAUUGUUCUUCCAUACAUGAUAAAGCAACAAUCUGGUCAUAUAGUAGGUAUAAGUAGUGUACAAGGGAGAAUUGCUAUUCCAUUUAGAUCUGCAUAUGCUGCAUCUAAGCACGCAUUACAAGCUUGGUACGAUACUGCAAGAGCAGAGUUAUCUGACAAAAAUAUAAAAUUUACGGUUGUCAAUCCAGGAUAUAUUAAAACAUCUCUUUCCCUUAAUGCCUUGACAGGAAAUGGGCAAGUUUAUGGAAUAAUGGAUAAAGCAACUGAAAGUGGUUUUCAACCAAAGUAUGUAGCUGAAUGUAUUUUAAAAUCUGUAUUGAAGCAAGAAAAGGAAGUUACUAUUGCAUCGUUUUCUCCAAAGUGUGCUAUAGUACUUAGAACUUUGUUCCCUUCACUUUAUUUCUGGAUUAUGCAAAAGCGUGCAAGAAAAUUAAGAUUGCAAGGUCUUUCCAGUUUUGCAAUAGUUAUUUUUGAAAAUUUUAUCAAGAUGGAGAUCGCAAAGAGUAACGAUCUCAAAUUAUAUGCCAAUGUGAAAGCUCAGAUAAAAUCUGGCUCUCUUUACUUGUAUUUAUGUGGUUUAGUCAUCACAUAA